AUCCUCUUCUUCCCAUACCUCCCUAGUACCUCACCUAUUAUUUUCCCAACAAACAAAAACAAUGGCAAAGACCCUCCUCUCUACUACUGCAAACUCACUUCUUCCAUCUUCUUCUUCUUCUUCUUCUUCUUCUUCUUCUUCAGCGACGAUAACAACAACUCCAGCAUCGGCAACCAUUUUUUUUCUCAAACACAAUGUGAAAAGUCACAGCUCUGUUAUUGUUGCUCUCUGCAAGGAAGGCUCUGAGUCCCAAAUUCCUUCUUCAAUUCUCACAAGACGAAGCCUCGCUUUCUGCCUUACUGCCACAUCCACUCUCUGCCUUUCUGGCUUCUCCAAUGCCAACGCUGCUAUCUUGGAAGCGGACGAUGACGUGGAGCUUUUGGAGAAGGUCAAGAGAGACCGAAAGAAGAGGCUUGAGAAACAAGGAGUCAUCAAGUCAUCGAAAGCAGAAACAGCUUAUCUGCAAGAUGUUGUGUACAAGCUCAGUAAAGUGGGUCAAGCGAUAGAUAAUAAUGAUCUUUCAGUAGCUAGUUCAGUUCUCGGGUCAAGUACAGAUGCAGAAUGGGUCCGAAAGGUCAAUGCAGCUUUCUCCAAGCUGAGCUCCAGUCCUGAAGAAAAGACUGUGGUCGAUACAUUCAAUUUGUCAUUGGCUUCCUUAAUUUCAUCAGUCAUUCAGAAGGACAUUGAAUCCUCCAAAAGAGCUUUUGUGUCUUCUGCCAGUGCACUGGAGGAAUGGACAGCACUGACUGGACUGGUUGAACAGCUUAAAGGCCUUUGACAGGAAGCAGGAUUCUGGCUCUUGUUAAUUCUUUUUCCCCUCGUUUUCCUAGAGGAUUGACAAAAAUAUCUUUUGGGUUUCUUCACAUUCUUGAAUUGUCACCUGUUUCUUUUCUUGAUUAGACCCUAAACAACCUUUUAAUUCAAAUGUCAAUGAUAAACUGCCAUAUUUCUUUUA